GGACUCUCCUGUCUGCUCCCAUUUUUCAACGAAGGGGACAUGGAGGAAAGGCCUGUGGAGGCUCCGGGGUCCAACACCACCAUCCCCGAAGACUCAGGCAGCUCGGAGGCCUUGGAACACCAGGCUCCGCUGCCCAGACGCCUGAGGCAGCAGAAGGGGCAAUGCCAGCGCCUGGCCCAUCUGGCGGCCCUGACCCAGGACACACCUGGGCACGGGGCUCCCACCCCCAGGAGUACGCACGGGAGAGCUGCAGCAGGUGGCGCUGCUGCAGGAGGACGAUGGCAGGUCCUGUCAGGGCCAGUGGGUGGCCGCCGCACAGACCCGUGGUGCUCCAGAGGGGAGCUCUGCUCACCUUGAGGAGCCCCCAGGAGAAGAGCCCCGGCCGGGGUCCUUCCCACAACCCCAGCUGCCUGAGAGUGAGAACCCCAUCAGGGCCCAGGCUUGGGUCUUCAUCCCUUGGUGCCCUGCGUGCGGUUUUGCUACCUUGCUGAGGAAAAGGACACCGCGCAGCUCAGUUUGAUUCCAAGCCUUUCUCCAGCAAAGCCUGGAGAAGCGGGGCCAGGGCUCUGCCCCCACUGUUCCCCAUUCAGUCCCUGCCUCCCUGUCCCUCCUCUCCUCCCACCUCCCUGUUACCCCUAUAGGAGCAAGAAACGCCACAAAUUUCCUUUUCAUUGAAAAUGUUUUAACUGCUGGGCUGGGAAUUCAGCUCAGUGGUUCUGCUGCCUGCCUCCCCAGCUUGGGGACUGAGUUCGAUCUCCUGCACUGUACAGAUAUU